CUUGCGAUGGACGACCAAGAAGCGACUGGAAGCAGCGGGCAAGAGAGCAGUUGGAGGAGAAUCAGAGUCCUGUGUGAACACGCAUCCGUCAUUCCCUUCUCCAGAUGGUUUCAAGACUCGCGCCGCCGCGGAAUGGUGCCGCGUGCUCGUUCAGUCGCUGGAUGCUGCUCGCCAGCGUCCUGUGCGCCUGCGCCGAGGGGGCUCCGCUGCUCCUCUCCCCGCACGGUCGACGAGCCAUCUCGGACUGCCUGCGCGCCGCCGAGAAGCUGAGCACGGACGCUGAAACCCACCUCCAGAAAUACAUAACUGAGGUUCUGCAAUGCAGAGACAGCGACUGCGAGGAGCAGUUCUUUAUGGAGUUGCCCGAGGAGCUGCCGACACAGAUCAACCACUGCGCGAUCAGGAGACAGAGGUGGAGUUUUGACCGGUGCUUCGGGAGCAUCGCGCACAACCUCCGCAUCUACGAGACCUACUUGGUGUCUCUACGCGACAGAUCCGCGACCGACACCGACAUCCUGGUGACGGGCAUACGAGAAAUGCUGAACCUCAUCUCUGCUGCGGAGGUGGAUGUUUCAGAGAGUCUGGUCGUUGAGCCCAUUUCUCCCGACGUGGCGAGCAAGAUUUACUCCAGCGAUUGGCAAACGCGACAGGCCAGCUUCCAGAUCCUGCACAUGUUUCAGCACAUGGCAUCCGUGGUGGCCCGUAGCCUGCAUGUGCUGAACAAAAAGGCGAACCCACAGUGAGAUGCUCGUCCUUCCAUCGACACAUCUGUCUACAGCUUCGUUGUCCUGCCUUUGGCAGUCGUGUGACCUUCAGCAGUGAAAGUGGAAUUUCUUUGAAAGUGACGAGACUUGAACUUAAUUAUUUGGCAGUUGUUACCAGAAAUUGACACUGGCGGUGCUCACAAUCACGAUCAAUUAUGACAACCCUGGUUACAGCCUUGUAGCGUGGAGUGAUACAAUGUUGUCUUGCCAAUGAAAACAAGACAUUAUUGAUAGGUGUGUUGAUGAACAAUUACUGGUCUACAUAGCAUACAACGUUGGCACACUGGUAAAUGACGCUGCCUUAAAAGAACAACUAUUAAACAAGUAUUUAUAUUUUGGGCAAUGACCCUGCUUUGAAGGACUAAGAUGGUCACGUGACCUUCAGCCUCUGAUCUGACUGAAGGUUUUAUUUAUUUAUUUAACUUAUUAUUUCACUGUGGGCUAACUCCCCGAUAUUAUAAAAAAAUCAACGAAGUAUUGCACGUAAAAGAAAGUUUACUGUGAGAAUGUAAUUUAUUCCAAAGUAUUGGUAUUUUAUAUAUAUUUAUUAUAUUGUCAUUAGGCUAGUCUAGCAAGUAUUCUAUUACGAUAAUAUGAAUUCCACUGUCAGUGAGUGUGGUUUGAGGGUGGAUUAUUUAUUGGUGGUAGAUGUGGAUUAACACUGACACCGUGGGUGUAUGGUCUGUCCUGAUGUUGUUCUGUGCAAAUGCACAACGGAUCUGCCUUAGCAAACUAGCCGGGUAACUGGCUAAAUAGGACUUUCUAUGUAACCAAUCAACGUUUACUGUACAGUGACUCCUCUACUUACGAAUACUCGACUUACGAACUUUCAGAGAUACGAACAAACCUGUCCGUAUGUCCAGUUGCCCAUUCGGACCGAGAGUCGUAAGUUCAACCGCCGCGCGACAGAUGGCGGUUGUGGCAUCUGCAGAAUAUGAUGAACACAUGGCAUCUACAUCUACAGGAGAUUAUACAACUUUUAAAGCCAUUCCCAGUGUUUAGUGUACAUGUUCGGAAUCGACGGGAGUAAAGUUGGACCUACGAACAAAUCGAUUUACGAACAGACCUCCUGAAUCGAAUUCGUUCGUAAGUAGAGGAGUCCCCGCAUUGUCAACAUGUUGUUGGUUAGACCACGCUUCCUAACCGAUGAUGACAGGGGCGUGGCUUCGCGACACAUUUGUUUCAUCGACCGCUGUGUAUUUAUUUAACAUAUUUUUUUUUAACGAUUGGGAACCAAGGCUCCAGUGAAGGUUAAGAAACAUUGGUAUAAAGUAUUAUAGAAUGUUGUAGUAGGAUAUUUUAUACGUGGCAUUGCGUGUUAUGGUACGAUGUUUUUUGUUAUAAAAAUACAUUAUUGCAUAAAGAUGGGCGUAUGCUUGACUACAAUGUGCGAUUAUGAGUAGCCAUUUGAUUAAUUUAUAUAUAGACAAAGACGUUUGCUUUAAGCUGGAAAAACCCGAUUAGCUAUGAACGUCUUGACUACGGGUGGCCAGCCUCUCAAGCUGGAGUGGGCAAUGAUGGAACAUUUACAGAGGAAGUUCCAUUAAAGUUGAUACUUAAACAAUCAUAUAUGAACUCAGUAAAACAUUAACUAAAUCACACGUGAACGCAACAAUACGGGAAUUGGAACUAAACAACCUAAUAUAGGAAGAACAAAAAUAACAGUUAUGUUUUAAAAAAAAAUGUAUACAAAGACAGGAUAAAUUACACUUAUAGACUGACAGUUGUCAAUUCAUAGAUGCGAACCACAUUCGUCAGGAUGGCUGUGGUGAACACGAAGCGUGAGUUAAAGAGCAUUCCUUGGUGCUUAAUUGGCCACAUUGAAAAGAAGACACAAUAGUGGUGCUGUACUUGAGGUUGUAAAUGUGAUGUAGAUUUUUUUGUAAUUUUCAUAUUUGAAUAUUUAUUUGCUUAUUUAUUUUACUAUUGCUCGGGUUUUUUUUUCCCUCGGCAACGUGUCGUAUUUUCACUACUGCGAUAGUGUUAAAUUAUUAACAAGGUGUUGACGCUUGCUGUAAAACGUGGGCAGUUUACAAUGUCAUGCUGUAUGCAAUCAAUAAAUAUAUUUUUUUAUCU